GCCAAGACAUGGUAGGACUGGAGGCUGCUGCAGCCCUGACCCUCGCUUGCUGCAAACUGGUGUCUUGAGCGAGAUAAACACGGCAUACCCGACCGGUGAAUAUAAAGCCUUGCGCACUUGUGGGCAGUUGUGCCUCUCAUCUGGAGCUGUGAUUUCUUAUGCACUGUCACUGGUGCCAGCUAGCUGUGGGCUCGAAAAGGUUCUUUUUCUCAGUCUGGAACGUGCGCCUGCUGGCCGAAGGUAAAGGAUUACGCAGCGAAAACUUGACUUGCUGUUGACUUUUGGCGUGUGCUCGACAGUUUCGACUGUGAAGAGUUGAUCCAUUCUGAUGUCGGUGUUGAGUGUACUGGCUAAGGUAGUGACCUGAACUCUCGAGCAUUGUGGUCACACUCGUCAAGACUUGGCCCCGAGUAGCCAGAUCUCGCACCGGAGUCGCAUAUUAGUGCUCGCGCUCCCGUCCUGCCCCACUGUAGAGAGCUUCGAAUCUGCCAACAUACGACCAGACGCACCCUGCUGUGCUCGACUGCCUGUCAAACCUCAGCCAGGCAGAAGAAUUUCUCUGAGCUCGGCCACAACAGGCAUAUAUGCUCACUCACAAAAGCCAGCAGCACGAAUCAUUCGGUCACUCACUCACUUGCUGCGUUGAUCCCUCUCUUUGCCUUUGGCUGUUCGCUCCGCGCCGGGAAGCCUGAAGGUACGCAUUUCCGACUAUAAAACUCGCGCCGAACCCGGUUGAACUACACCGUUGAAGCGGUCAGAAACUAAGACUCUUGAGCGGAAUAAUAUUGGAACACGAAAUGGACGGAUUCAAGCUGUUGGCCGUUCUGCUGGCCAUUCAGCUUGGUGUACUCGCCACAAGCCAUGGGCAGGGCAUCGUGGUGUCGCCCCUGAUCGCCAUGCGCAAUGUAUCCGAAUACAUCAGCCUCAAGUGCACGGUCAGCGACCUGCCGGACGUCCAGGAGAUCUACUGGACCAAGCGCAGCGGCAGCCUGGACCCGGGCAGGAGCUUCACCUACUCUCACAAGCCGCUGCAGGUCAAGCACCUGCUGCUCUACAAGAUCAAGACGGUGGACAGUGGCGAGUACGUGUGCAAUGUGCGCACCGGCAACCAGAACAGCGGGUCGGUAGCGACGGCAACGAGUCUGCUGCGCGUCAUGGCACCCAAGCCAAAGGCCGUGUCACCGUGCCUGUCGCGCCCCUGCCAGAACGGCGGCCACUGCAUGGACAUCCAGGCGCCGCAGGUCUCCGACUAUGUGUGCCUGUGCCAGCUGGGCUACGGCGGGCGGCACUGCCAGGUGAUGCCCACCACCGCACCGCCGCCCACCACCGCCGCGCCGACCACUGCCGACCCGUGUGCAGCGUCGCCGUGCAACAACGGCGGAGAGUGCGGCGUGGCGUUCGACGGCUCCGUUACCUGCAGUUGCACUGGCAACUUUGUCGGCAGCACGUGCGAUGUGUAUGACAACUGCGCCAACAACCCCUGCCAGAACGGUGGUCUUUGCCACAACCUGUCCAACCGCUCGCAGAUCUGCGGCGUGAGGCAGUUCGAGUGCACAUGCCCCGUUGGCUUCACCGGGCAUGCGUGCGAGCAGAGGGACUUCUGCGGUUCGUCCCCGUGCUACAACGGCGCAACUUGUGUCAAUGUUGACGACGUGUCUUACGACUGUGUGUGCAUGGAUGGCUACGUUGGAGAGAGAUGUCAGACAAUGCCGUUCGAUGGCUGUGGUAAAUACGGCCAGCGAAUGGAGUUGCGCGAGCUGAAGGAUUUCUUCUACACGGAGACGACGCGCAGCUCCCCGCCGUCCGCCGACAUCGUGUUUGUGAUCGACGAGUCGCGCUCCAUGAUCACCGAGCACCAGUGGCUGCACGAGGUGAGCACGGCGCUGGACACGUCGCUGCAGGGGCACAAGAUCGGCGUCAAGGUGCCCAACCAGUUCGGCCUGGUCGGCUUUGCGCGCGACGACCCGAUGGACGUCACCGGCCGCAUCAUUCACAUGGACACCGGCUGCAAGUUUGGACAGGCCAGUCAUUUCAAGCAGGCCACCUCCAACCUGGCCAUCAACGGCCGACUUGAGGAUAUGUACUUGGGUAUCAUCCUGGCGCUGGAUCAGUAUGAUUUCCGGCCCGGCAUGGCAUGUCAGAUUAUCGGCGUCACCGACGAGGGACGCAACCCACUGAACCCGUCGGCGAACCACCGUGAUUCCGGCAACGUGCCCUACGAGUUUGAGUACAUGCUGCGGCGCUUGACGGAGAAAGGCUGCGUGCUCAACGUCGUCGUCAACCAGCAGAUGGACGUGGGCGGAAAGCGCGGUCUGGGCGUGGGUAGCAACGGUGUGGGUUAUGUGGACGUGGCCGGUGGUGCAUUUGACGUCAUUCCGGACAAGGGCCGUCCCAUUCCGGACACGGGCCACGGCUCCACUCACGAGUCCUACACGAAGCUGGCUCUUGCCACGCACGGCGGCGCCUGGGAUUUGAACAAGCUGCGCCUCGGCGGUGACACUGGCAUGGCGUUCACCAAGGCAUUCGUACACCUCAAGCAGCGCGAGAUUAGCAACCAGCUGUGCGAGCGCUGCACGUGCGACGCGGCGCCCGAAGCGUUCUGCAGACCCGGCUGCCUGGGAGAGCCUCCAGUGAGUGUCAGCGUCCAGUCUCUGUACUCACAUCUCAGCGAGGCCGCGGUCAAUGAAGGUGGCUCGGCGCUGUUUGAAUGCCAGUCCGGAGGCGACCCUGCCCCGACCUGCAGCUGGUCACGGGCUGACGGUACCGCCCUGCCCCCAUCGGCACGCUACCUCGGCGAGGACAAUUGCACUCUGAUGGUUCCCGACGUGUCGUCGAUCACCUGCGUACAAUGUUUGGCGAGUAACAUCGAAGGUGCCACGGAGUCCACCGUGCAGUGCCUGGAUUACGCCGCUAACUGUGAGCUGCGAGAUGGCCGCAAGAUCCUCCAUGGCAGCACUGCCCGCAGCUACUCUGAGACCAAGCUGGAAGACCUGCGCACGAUUUCGGUCAGCUCUGCCGUGGUGAUCCUGGUUGUGGACGAGUCUGGCAGCAUGAGUGGCGAGCACCAGUGGCUCAAGACGACCAUCACAGCCCUGGAGAAGAACCUAAUGGAGCGUGGUGUCGGAAGUCAGGGCCGUGCCAACCAGUACGCUCUGGUUGGAUUCGCCAGCCCGCGCGCCAACCGCCUCGGUCACAUCAUCAAUGCCGCGGAGGGCCGUCACUGCGGCACAGCCGACGAGAUAAGCCUUGCGCUGAAGCGACUGCGCCAGGAUGGCCGCAAGGAAGACGGCUACUCUGCCAUCGGCAUGGCGCUCGACUCCAUCAGCUGCGUGCAAAACCGUCAGGACGGAAACACAGCACUGCAGGUUAUUCUCGUAACAGACGAGGACCGCGAUGUCCUGAAGCCCGAGUGGACAAAGGAUACGAUCCGCACGGCCAUCAUGCGCCGAGGUGGCGUGCUGAACGCUGUUGUCAAGAAUCGCUUCCACGGCAAGGACGAUGACAUGCGUAAUGUGCGGGCCAUGGGCAUAGAUCGACGCCAGCGUGCCGUCAUUGUCAAUCGGCAAAAGAACGACUUCUAUUUCCUGCCGCACGGCAUGCCGACGACGGACAGCGGACACGGCACCACCGAGCGGGAUUACGUCGACCUGGCCACUCGCACCGGCGGUGGAGCGUGGGAUCUGGACAUGCUGAGAGACGACUCGUACCGCGAGGCCUUCACCAAGGGCUUCAUCGCCGCCAAGGUCGAGGAGAUCCAGGUGCAGCUUGUCAGUCGCUGUGAGGAAUGUGCGUGCAGGAACGGCACGACGACGUGUGACAUACUGCCCAACAUCAUCAACGAGCAAUCUUGUCUGAACCCAAUUGCCAACGCGGCGCUGUCUGUACGCAUCCUGGGCGAAUCGUCGGCCGUGGCGGGCGGCUUUGCCAAACUCCAGUGCCAGGUUGAGGCUCCGGCGGACGAGGGCAGGCCCGCCGUGAUGUGGGACCCCCAUCCGCUCAAUGCUCUCCAGUACAACGGCGGCCAGUCGAGCGAACAUGCUCUGGAGUUUGCAGUCGUCAGUGAGCAUGACGCCGGGAUGUACAAGUGCAUCGGACGCAACCAGUUUGGAGCGUCGGCAGCAAUAGCGGACUUCAAUGUUGCUCCUUCAGCAACCAAUCCUUACCAAGGUAUCCGAUUCGGUGGCUCGAGUGGCUCUCAGGCAUCGGUAUCCGUACACAGUGGAGUCAUUGAGACAUCCGGUAGAGCCACCAGCUGUCUGCAGACGGCGCACAUCAACACGCACGAGGAACGAGAGAGCACGAUCCGCAAGUUCAAGUUCGGAAGCGCUGCCAGUGCGGAAGAAGUGACGGUCCACUGCAUUGGACAAUCAUCGGAUGUGGAGAUUGGCUACAAAAUUCACAAUGACCCGUCCAUGCCCACACUGGUGUUCCCCGGUUUCAACGAAGAGCUACCGCAUCCAUUGACACGGGACGUUGAGAGCGUUGCGGCACUGAAGUUCACGCCCAAUGAUAUGCAAGACACGUCUGGUUUUCAAUUCGGCUGCCGCGCCAGAGGAUCAGGUCCUGUGACGUGUGCUCAUUCAGCAGACAAGUGCCUCCGACUUGCCGUCACCAGGAGGCACAUGCUCGUUUUCCCCAAGGAACGCAUAUGCCCCAACGGCCUGUGAGCGGCAGCGACGGAGUCAGCACGACGUCGUCAUGACGAGAAAACAUCCCGAGUCAUGCCGUCAAACUUGAGGAGAAGCUACGUACAGCAGCCACCGUUAGUAGUGUAAGCAUGCGCACACGGACAGAGCCAGACUUUCUUUCUUGUUGUUGUUUCUUCUUCUUCUUCUUCUUCUUCUUCUUCUUCUUCUUCGAGACGUCGAGACUGUUCCUAUUAUCAUCGUUGACACUUAUUUUUUUUGUAUUCUUCCAAAAUAGCUUAUGACAACUCUAGCUCAGCAAUCUAACACUUAAUCAGGAGUGCACCGGGGCGCAUGCCAAAAACUCGCCAAACGAGUCUGAAUCUCCCAGCCCCCCCCCCCCUGGCUAUCAUUGACCCUGUUGGUCCUAUGUUACUUCUGCAACUUGAAGACAGCUGUAUAUUAUUAUUAACUACACACUCAAUAUUUUUUUGUGCCUUUUUCUAUUCAUUUUCGUGCCGGGGCUAGCGUGCACGGGGCUCCUUUUGACAUGCCAAAGGACAUUUGAUGCGUCCCGAUCGUUAUUGUUCGUGGCACCUCUGUUUUCACAGUUGUGUCAUGCAUUUCCUUGGUGUAAUGAAGUGUACGGGGUAGUUCCAUUUACAAAAUAGAUCUCUAUAUCACCGGUUUUCACGAAUCUGUUUCACCGACAUGCCCAAGUUUAUCAGAGCAAUAUUACUAGUAGCUUUUGAUCAAUGUA